AUGGACCCGACGGACUCGUUUAAAGUACACAUCCUAGAGGCGAGUCUGUUCGUGCGCCGAGUAAACGUAAACCCUGGAAUACUGUUGUCUCACGAGCGCGCGCUGGCUAAAACCACGGCGAAGUAUCCGCUCACGCGUGUAGAGGUGAAGGUCAUGUCGAUGCACUCUGGUUUGCACGGCGAGACACUGGACAACGCGAUUCUCGGCCAAUUGCCGAAACGAAUCAUUCUCGGUUUCGUGGAUAACAGAGCCUUCAAUGGCGAUCGCAAACUCAAUCCUUUCAAUUUUGCGCACUACAACAUCAAUUAUCUGUCUCUGUAUGUGGACGGUAUUCAGGUACCGUCAAAACCUCUACAGCCGGAUUUCACCAAGAAUCGUUUAUACGUGGACGCGUACCACACGCUGUUUUCUGGUACCGGCAGGCAUUUUCUCGAUCAAGGUAAUUGCAUCGAUCGGGAAAAAUAUCCCGAUGGCUAUUGCCUCUUUGCCUUUGAUCUGACACCCGAUCUCUCGGCCAAUGAGAACUCCCAUUGGAAUCUCAUCAGGCACGGCAGCGUAAGAAUCGAGGUGCGAUUCGAGAACGCUCUGUCGUCGACGGUAAAUUGCAUCAUUUAUGCUGAGUACGAGAAUGUUCUGGAGAUAGACGCAUCGCGCCACGUUCUGGUAGAUUUCAACGGCUAA